CCUUUCCCUCCAGGCUUGCUGGAAUCUGCAGGAAGAUGUCCCUCUUCUUGGACAGCGUCUCCACCAUCAUCAGCACCUUCCACAGACACGCCCGGGACGAUGGAGGCUCCUCCGCCCUCAGCAGGAGCAGGAUGAGGGAAUUCAUCCAGAGGGAGUUUGCAGAUGCCCUCGCUAAGCCUCACGACCCUCAGACCAUCGAGAAGAUCCUGCAGUUCCUGGAGUGGGACGGGGACGGGGACAUCGACUUCAACGAGUUCCUCCUGCUGGUGUUCAGAGUGGCCAAGUGCUGCUUCUGGCACCUGCCCAGGGCUCCCUACCUGGUGCAGAGAACGAAGCUCACCCGGGAGCCCGAGAUCAGGAGCAGGGGGAGCCGCCGGCAGCUCCAGGAGGAGGAGGAGGAGCAAACCCGGGAGAGGAACCGUCCCCGUGAGCCCGAGCUGCAGAGACACACCAGGGUCAGCGAGCUGGAAACGUCAGAGGAGACGAGGAGGGACACGAAGAGCAGGGACGCCGCCGAGCUGAGCAGGGAGCCGGGGGAGCCCAUCCCUCGGGAACACCGGGAACGGAGCCGGGGGCGCGAGGGGUGGAGGAGGCGGCAGCCACCGGAGCCGGACAGACGGGGAGAGGGACAACUCCGGCGUGGCAGAGCCCAGGAACGAGAGCUGGGGGUGCUGGUGGGAGAGAGGGAAGAGCGAGAGGGCUCCCGGAGGGAGGAAGUGGCCGAGGUGCGGAUCCGCAGCCGGAGCUCGGAGCCUCGGCCACGGGAGCCAGAAGGACCAGCCUGUGAUGGAAGGAACCAGAGGCCACGGGGGGCAGAUGGAGGAAGUGACAACCAGCCACGCAGACCGGGAUUGCUGAGGGAAGAGAGGAGCUGCCACCAAGAGGAGCUGGAACAAAGGGCGCUGGGACGGAGCAGCCGCCGGGAAGGGGGUGAGCGCCGGGGCUCGAGGCUCCCACAUCAGUCACACCUGGAGGAGCCGCUGGAACUCGACCUCAGGGGCUGUGACAGGGCUGAGCCAGAGGAACGUGUCCGUGGAGAGAGAACAGACCGGGAACGGGAGGUGGAAUAUGCAGAGAGGGAAAGAGAGAUCCGUGAGGAGCAGGAGUGGGAAGAACGAGGUGAUCCGAGAAGAAGAAGACUGAGGGAGAGGAGGGUUGACCUUCAAGGGGAGCUGGAGGUGGAGGUCUCUGAGCGCCGCAGCCGCCAGACACGGGACAGGGAGGAGAGAGAGACCCGGGAGCUGGAAGAGGAUGGAAGGAGAGAACGUGAGUCAGUGAGGUACGAAAGGACAAGAGACACCAGAGCAGCAGCAGCAGAAGCCGACGUGAAAAUCCACAGAGAGAUCCGUGAACUGGAGCCACGGGAGGAGCUCAGAAGGAGGGAACCUCCUCGUGAAGAGGAAGAGAGGAGGGUUUGCAGGAGACGAGACAGAGAAGAGCCUGUGCUGGAGAGGAGGAUCGACCUUCAAGGGGAGCUGGAGGUCUCUGAGCGCCGCAGCCGCCAGACACGGGACAGAGAGGAGAGAGGGGUCACCAUUGACAGGAGAGAGACACAAGAGCUUGAGGAUGAUGGAAGGAGAGAACGUGAGUCAGUGAGGUACGAAAGGACAAGAGACACCAGAGUAGCAGCAGCAGAAGCUGAUGUGAAAAUCCACAGAGAGAUCCGUGAACUGGAGCCACGGGAGGAGCUGAGAAGGAGGGAACGUCCCCGUGAGUGUGGAGAAGAAGAGAGGAGGAUUCUCCGUGGAAGAGAGAGGGAAGAGGCUGUGCUGGAGAGGAGGGUUGAUCUUCAAGGGGAGCUGGAGGUGGAGGUCUCUGAGCGCCGCAGCCGCCAGACACGGGACAGGGAGAGAGGGGUCACCAUCGACCGGAGAGAGACCCGGGAGCUUGAGGAUGAUGGAAGGAGAGAACGUGAGUCAGUGAGGUACGAAAGGACAAGAGACACCAGAGCAGCAGCAGCAGAAGCUGAUGUGAAAAUCCACAGAGAGAUCCGUGAACUGGAGCCACGGGAGGAGCUGAGGGGGGAACGUGAAGUGGAAGAGAGGAGGGUUUGCAGGAGACGAGACAGAGAAGAGCCUGUGCUGGAGCAGAGGAUCGAUCGCCAGAGGGAGCUGGAGGUCUCUGAGCGCCGCAGCCGCCAGACACGGGAUAGGGAGGAGAGAGGGGUCAUCAUUGACCAGAGAGAGACCCGGGAGCUGGAGGAGGAUGGAAGGAGAGAACGUGAGUCAGUGAGGUACGAAAGGACAAGAGACACCAGAGCAGCAGCAGCAGAAGCCGAUGUGAAAAUCCACAGAGAGAUCCGUGAACUGGAGCCACGGCAGGAGCUGAGAAGGAGGGAACGUGACAGCGAAGUGGAAGAGAGGAGGGUUUGCAGGAGAAGGGACAGAGAAGAGCCUGUUCUGCAGAGAAAGAUUGAUCUUCAAGGGGAGCUGGAGGUGGAGGUCUCUGAGCGCCGCAGCCGCCAGACACGGGACAGGGAGAGAGGGGUCAUCAUUGACCAGAGAGAGACACGGGAGCUUGAGGAUGAUGGAAGGAGAGAACGUGAGUCAGUGAGGUACGAAAGGACAAGAGACACCAGAGCAGCAGCAGCAGAAGCUGAUGUGAAAAUCCACAGAGAGAUCCGUGAACUGGAGCCACGGGAGGAGCUGAGGCGGGAACGUGAAGUGGAAGAGAGGAGGGUUUGCAGGAGACGAGACAGAGAAGAGCCUGUGCUGGAGCAGAGGAUUGAUCGACAGAGGGAGCUGGAGGUGGAGGUCUCUGAGCGCCGCAGCCGCCAGACACGAGAUAGGGAGGAGAGAGGGGUCAUCAUUGACCAGAGAGAGACCCGGGAGCUGGAAGAUGAUGGAAGGAGAGAACGUGAGUCAGUGAGGUACGAAAGGACAAGAGACACCAGAGUAGCAGCAGCAGAAGCUGAUGUGAAAAUCCACAGAGAGAUCCGUGAAGUGGAGCCACGGGAGGAGCUCAGAAGGAGGGAACGUCCCCGUGAGUGUGGAGAGGAAGAGAGGAGGAUUCUCCGUGGAAGAGAGAGGGAAGAGGCUGUGCUGGAGAGGAGGGUUGAUCUUCAAGGGGAGCUGGAGGUCUCUGAGCGCCGCAGCCGCCAGACACGGGACAGGGAGAGAGGGGUCAUCAUUGACCAGAGAGAGACACAAGAGCUUGAGGAGGAUGGAAGGAGAGAACGUGAGUCAGUGAGGUACGAAAGGACAAGAGACACCAGAGCAGCAGCAGCAGAAGCUGAUGUGAAAAUCCACAGAGAGAUCCGUGAACUGGAGCCACGGGAGGAGCUGAGAAGGAGGGAACCUCCUCGUGAAGAGGAAGAGAGGAGGGUUUGCAGGAGAAGAGACAGAGAAGAGCCUUUGCUGGAGAGGAGGGUCGAUCAACAACGGGACCUGGAGCUGGAGGUGGAGGUCUCUGAGCGCCGCAGCCGCCAGACACGAGAAAGAGAGGAAAGAGAGACCCGGGAGCUGGAAGGGGAUGGAAGGAGAGAACGUGAGUCAGUGAGGUACGAAAGGACAAGAGACACCAGAGCAGCAGCAGCAGAAGCCGAUGUGAAAAUCCACAGAGAGAUCCGUGAACUGGAGCCACGGGAGGAGCUGAGGCGGGAACGUGAAGUGGAAGAGAGGAGGGUUUGCAGGAGACGAGACAGGGAAGAGCCUGUGCUGGAGCAGAGGAUCGAUCGCCAGAGGGAGCUGGAGGUGGAGGUCUCUGAGCGCCGCAGCCGCCAGACACGGGACAGGGAGGAGAGCGGAGUCACCAUCGACCGGAGAGAGACCCGGGAGCUGGAAGGGGAUGGAAGGAGAGAACGUGAAUUGGUGAGGUACGAAAGGACAAGAGACACCAGAGCAGCAGCAGCAGAAGUUGAUGUGAAAAUCCACAGAGAGAUCCGUGAACUGGAGCCACGGGAGGAGCUGAGAAGGAGGGAACGUGACCGUGCGUGUGAAGAGAGAAGGAUUUGCCGGGGAAGAGAGAGGGAAGAGCCUGUGCUGGAGCAGAGGAUUGAUCGCCAGAGGGAGCUGGAGGUCUCUGAGCGCCGCAGCCGCCAGACACGGGACAGGGAGGAGAGAGAGACCUUGGAGGUGGAAAAGGAUGGAAGGAGAGAACGUGAGUCAGUGAGGUACGAAAGGACAAGAGACACCAGAGCAGCAGCAGCAGAAGCCGAUGUGAAAAUCCACAGAGAGAUCCGUGAACUGGAGCCACGGGAAGACCUGAGGCGGGAACGUGACCGUGAAGUGGAAGAGAGGAGGGUUUGCAGGAGAAGAGACAGAGAAGAGCCUGUGCUGGAGAGGAGGACUGACCAACAACGGGAGCUGGAGGUGGAGGUCUCUGAGCGCCGCAGCCGCCAGACACGGGCCAGGGAGGAGAGAGAGACCCGGGAGCUGGAAGAGGAUGGAAGGAGAGAACGUGAGUCAGUGAGGUACGAAAGGACAAGAGACACCAGAGCAGCAGCAGCAGAAGCCGACGUGAAAAUCCACAGAGAGAUCCGUGAACUGGAGCCACGGCAGGAGCUGAGAAGGAGGGAACGUGACCGUGAGUGUGAAGAGAGAAGGAUUCUCCGUGGAAGAGAGAGGGAAGAGGCUGUGCUGGAGAGGAGGGUUGAUCUUCAAGGGGAGCUGGAGGUGGAGGUCUCUGAGCGCCGCAGCCGCCAGACACGGGACAGGGAGGAGAGAGGGGUCACCAUCGACCGGAGAGAGACCCGCAAGGAAACCACGCUCGAGGUCCUCGAAGAAGAACAGGAGGUGGAUGAAGGACGAAGCCUCUUCCAAACCGUGGAGGUGGACAACAGGGACCUCUGUCCCCCGGGAGAGGAGGGGCCCGUGAGUGACCUGAGGGUUCGCUACGUCCCCGCUGACCCCGCGGAGCGCCCGGAGGUGCGGGUGGUGCCCCAGCCCUGCGACCCCCAAACCAUCGCCUACCUGGUCCACGUGAUCCAGAACGGGGGAGACCCCAGUGCUGCCACCUACGAGAUCGUCUGCCACCAGCCUGGUGAGCCGGGCCGGCCCCUCUGCCUCAGGAAGUGCUUCGUGUCCGCCGAGCCACCGCCCGAGCCCCGCGACAGGAGCCACCGCCCCGAGCCACCGCCCCGGGGGGACCAGAGGGAACCUGGGGAGCCCCAGGUGCCGCCUUCCAGCUGCCAGGAAAACACGAGGGAGCUCGGUGGGGAGGGAGCCGGAGCGGGGGGGAAGGAAGGGGCUCCUCAGGCUGCUGCCCCCCUGCCCGAGGCCGUGAAAGGCGACCCUUGCAGGGCGAAGGCCAAGGAGGUCCCCGACACGGAAAAGAAUCAGCCCCAGGGAGAUGGAUCGAGAGCUGCCAGGGAGAAGGUCCCCCAGGAGCCAGGGUCCAGCUGCCAGGUGAGGGAGCACGAGGACAGGAAGGCCAAGAGCUGCCCCCCUCUGCUCCAGGCCCCCGAGGCCGACGGGAGCCGUCCCCGCGCGCCCCGGAGGGAAGGGACCGGCCGCGCCCGCCAGGACCUGGAGCUUCUCCCCCCGGAGAAGAGCUGCCAGGAGGAGACCUGCAAGAGGAGCCCCCAGCAAGGGGGUGAUGCCCAGCUGGCACGGGAGGAGGAGUCGUGUCCUGGCACCAAGCAGAGCCAGGGGACCCCCGGGCUGCCGAGCUCCAGGGAGGAACCCACCGGUCCCGCGGGGGACGGAGCCAAAGCAUCUUAGGGGGGGAAGCUGGUGGGGCUUCCCCGGGUCUGUUUGAGGAUCAGGAUGUGAUCGGCUCAGAAGGGUUCAUGAGGUGCCUCGAGAGGGUGUCAAGUGGGUUUGGGGGGUUCUCCAUGUAACAAAUCCUCGAGUUACCCCCGGAUCUGCUUCCCUGCGGGAUGCUUCUCCACCAAAAUACAGCAUUUAGUCACUUUUUCUGCCCUAAUUGGAGUCCUUGGGUCUCUCUGUCCUUGGGUCUCUCUGUCCUUGGUGUCUCUGUCCUCUCUUCCACCCUGUGGUGGGACCACUCUGCACCUCCCUCUGCUCACGUCUCCCCAGGGCUGGUUCUCACCACCUUCUGCUCUGCAACGCCAGAAAAAUCCCAGCAGCUCAACCAUCCUCAUCCUGGGGCCUGGAAGUCCUCAAA